AAAAGGUACAAACAUUUUAAAAUAAUUUAAACAAACAUUUGCGUAUUGCCACUCUUGCAGUCUAUGGUUCCAAACUUCUGAAAUACCUGGUGUCACCAAAACAACUCGCACCCAGUUUACACAUCACAAAAACCUAAUGACACACAUUAGUGUCAUGUUUAUGCCUUUAAAAUUAAUUUACAUUAAAAUGGUAGCAACAAAUGUAUCUAUUUCCUACCUAAUAAUACAAUUCCUUGUAUUCAAAGUAACUUCAAAGUAAGUAUAAGUUAGAUUUGUGUUUUGCUGUAUAAGAGUUGCACUCUGCACCUGCUGACAGAUGUCUCAGUAAUGUGAGGCAGACAUGUCAAAUCAAAAAUAAACAAGCUGCUGGGGAAAAAAAACAUGGGGAUGAAAUGAGAAAACAAAUCAACUCACAAAAUGUCCACAGAAGAAAUAUUACAUUGUAAUUCAUCAAAAUCUUUUGAAAACUCUAGCACUGAAGCUGAAACACCAUCUGUUAAACAACUAGAAGAUAUAUUGUAUAGUGACCAAUCUUCCUGUAGACAUGUAGAUGAAGUGUGGCCUAACAUCUACCUUGGGGAUAUGUAUAUGGCUCAUGAUAGAUAUGGCCUGUGGAAGAUGGGGAUCACUCAUGUUCUAAAUGCUGCUCAUGGGAAAAUGUGCUGCAAAGGAAGUCAAGAUUUUUAUGGUACAACUAUAGACUAUCAUGGGGUCCCAGCUAAUGAUCUGCCAGACUUUGACCUGAGUCAAUAUUUCUAUUCGUCGGCUGAUUAUAUACAUAAGGCAAUCAAUUCUCCAGGGGCCAAAAUUUUUGUGCACUGUGCUGUAGGAGUGAGCAGAUCUGCCUCCUUGGUGUUGGCCUAUCUAAUGCUUUAUCACCACUUCUCCUUGGUUGAUGCCAUCAAAAAAGUGAAGGAAAACAGGUGGAUUUUUCCAAACAGGGGUUUCCUCAAACAGUUACAGACUUUAGAUAUCAAUUUACAUAAAGAAAGAUGUUAAACUGAAUAGGGAUAUAGGUCCUUGCAUGUGAGUAUUACUGGCUAUCAAAUUGGUAUUUUCUGUAUGUUUUGAGUGUUCUCAGGCAACUCUAGAAUACAGUACAUGACCCCAAUAUACCUGUAAGAUCCAUGUGUUUUUCAGACUAAUCUGAACUAAAUCAUAAUGCUGUGCUGUAAUAUGUGGCCAACAGAUGUGUUGACGAUUGGUCUAUAAGCUGUUUGAAACAUUACAGAAUAAUGUUCAAUUGUCUGAGAAAAGAGACAAAGUAAACAUAUAAUUGUAAAUACUAAUGUUCAGAUGUGGUUUUCAAUGACGUUUAUUCACAGAUUCAGCCUUGCAAGCACAGUUUAAAUUGCAAUGUGCAAGACACUGCUGAUCUCCUUUGUCACAGAGUGAAUAGAGCUAUUGUCAGUGUGAAGAAUACAGAACUGGAUGCUUUGGUGUAAGGCUCCCACUGUAUGAUUUGCAAAUGAAUAAUAUAAUCUAAAACUGUGUGUUAUACUUUGCCUCUAUCCUUUGUACAGAAAAAGCAAUUGAUUUCAUCAUCUAUGUGAUAUCAGCUAUAAUAGUCAAAGAUAUAGGCCUAUUGCAGUUGCAGCAGAUUUUGCUAAAUUGCAUAGUCUCUGGUUUGGUUUCUCUGUAUGUUGUUACAUGUUAAAAUGGUUUAGCUUAAUGGAAAUUAUCCCUUAGAACUGUUUUUGUUUUUAAAAGCUUAAAGAGCAAAUUAUAUAAUGUUAUUUUAAUGUAUAUGAAAAUAUACUAUGAGUUAUUGUUGAUAACUUUGCAUGUAGCCCGGUAACAACAAAGUUUUAUAAAGCAUGCCAAAAACAAGUGUUUUAAUUUUGCAUUCCUGGUAUACUACAAACUAAUGCAAACAACUGUACAUUCUAUAGAGCCUACU